UAUAGAAACAGCGAAAAAGCAAAAGAAAGGCGCAGCUCCCAAACCGAAACUGUUUAAAAUCGAUUUUUUCGCGAACUAAGCCGGAAUUUUAUUUGCAGAGUCCACGGAAAGAUAAUUGAAAGCCCGGGGAAAGCCCCAUUUAUUGAAUUCCAGAGUUUUGUGCAGCUUAAUUUGGGAGAGCCAGUUGUUCGCCAAUUCCAUCAAAAAGAUACUUCGAGAACUAAUAUACCAAUAUACUUAAAAUGACCAACCUGGAGAAGCAGCACGAAAUGGUCAAGGGGAGCCUGGUGCAGUUCAUCAGUGGCCAUAUUCCGGGGGCCGAUUUCAGCGUGGUCGAUGAAAUUGUUCUGUCGUACAUCAUUUCUAUUUUGGAGGAGGCCUCCCAGGAUCCAUGUUUUGAUGUCGAGGGAUUUGUUGAGAUGAUGGGCGCCUAUUUCGAAGAGAUCUCCACCAUUGACCAGGGCGUCAUCUGCGAGUGGAUCUACAAGCUGGCUAGCGAGCUCACAGAGAUGGAGAAGAACCAAGGAAACCACGACGCUAUAAGCCUGUCACUCAAUUCACUGAGCCUCUCGAGCAUUAUUCCGGAGUCGAAACUCCGUGCCAGAAACUCUUCAACUUCUGAAAAGGACGAACUUUCCUCAAAUAGCAGCAGCAGCGGCAGUGGAGGUGGAAAGCGUUCUCAGCAUUUGUCGGAGACCAGUGAUGGAAGCUCCACUGACAGCUCCAGCUCAACUUGCGAUUACUUCUUGGACGAGGCUGAGGUGUUGCAGGAAAUGUUUCCCGACACAGCUUACGUUGAGAUUAAGCACUGCAUCGCUAUUUCAAAGGGAGACAUCGAUAGCGCCACCCAGAUCCUUUUACAUCGACAGGAGACCAACCAGAGUCUAACUGACAAGUCCACCACUGGAUAUAUCAAGAAAAAUGUGGUGGUAGACGAUAAUGAACUCAAGAAUCGUAUAAUUGCAAGGUACUCAUAUGUUGACAAAAAUGCCACACAACGCGAGUACAAGCCGGUGGUACCGAAAAUGGAACCGCGGAAGCUGGUCCGUUACCGGGACAAUAAAAUUGUAUCCUUGAAGGGCGAACGAUACACCGAGAUUAAGCGCGACGAAGACGCUGAGUUAAAAAAACCCAAGAAGCAGAUUCUACCGUAACUAAAGAGGGGCAGGAGCCUCUUUAAGUAUUUUAUCAAAAAGCAGAAUAAUCUACACCCGAAUAACUUAACCGCACCUAUGACACCGAUCUACAGAUCCACUGUACCCCUACCCGAGCACCCGAGAAUAUUAUGCAAUGAAUUGCAUACCUUUAGAGUGACCACCGCGGCCAGGAGUUAUCCAUCCCUCCUUCACCACCCUUCGCCAGUGAUCCCCGCCCAGCUUAGCCAACGUUUAGAUGCUUCCCCACAAUGCAAAGGCGAGGAACGAGAACGAGAACAAGAAAGACCGAGAGUAGAGUUUCCAAAUCCAAAACCGUAUUCGAAUACGAAUCGGUAUUCAUUUUCAUAUCCCUUGAGUGAGUAUGGUCAGGAAUUUGUGAUGCUGCUGCUGUCUCUACUGUUGCUAGUGGACCAAAUGUGUCCCGCUCAUCUCGCGUUCCCUCGCCCCAAAAAAGACACAAAGACUUUACAUACCAAAUUAGUUGAUAGUUAUGCUUUAGGACUACUUGCUUAUACAAUAUUUGAGAGCCGAGCGGUCGCCUGCUUAUGAGUCUGGAUUCUGGAAACGGAAUCUAAAAGACUCCAAAUCGUAGAACGAUCCGAUUUAUGACGACUGGAGUCGCGCCUGCGCUGUGACAACUCCUCAGUUCCUUACGCAAGCGAAUUCGAAUCAAAACGAACCGUAUCUGUGAAUCUCAAAACUGGAAAUGUCUCAAAUGUCCGUAAACAGUAUUGUUAUAUUUCCUUAAAAUUCUUAGGAAUAAGUUGAUCGUUUCCCUAGGAUUUAACAAAUUGUAUAUUUAAAAUGUUGUUUUCUAUUGGAAUUAACCUAGUUUUCAUCAAGUAUUGAAAAAAAAGACACAGCAGCAGGUGCGACUUGCGUUUAACCCGAAUUUGGCGCUCAAAUAUCAUUAUUUAGGUAUUCGAAUUUAUGAAUUUUGUUGGCCGUGUGCACAAGAACCUUGCCAUAUCUGUUUAAGAUUUGUUAACCCUCUUGAUAUUGUAAUAUGUAACUCGAUUUUUGUUUUCCACUGGUCCAAGUAAACUAGCAACAGUAGUCCAGCAACAAAUAUGCCACCAAAGCCACCACUUGCAACACAAACUAGUCCUCACCGCCCACUGACAUAAAUAUAUCUGGAACCCACUAGGAAUCGGCUACUGCUCGGAGUAAGGCAGAAUUAAUAACAAUAAUCUAAACGUAUUUAACAUAUAUACACACGUACGAAAUAAUCGAAUAAUCACUAUUUAUAUAGAGUAGCCAGAAAGGAUCCUUAAAUUGUGAACACACGCCCAAUUAAUUUAGAUUUAAGCCUUUGCGAUAUAUUCGGCAGCUUUGAAUUUCUCACAUUUUGUUUGAGACAAGAGAAUAGGUUUUAUAAUUACGAUGCUUUUUAUAUUUUAGUUUAAGUUUUAAUUUAAAUUAUUUAAUAUCCCUGACCCCCGACCACCGUUAAUUUUUUAAUAU